GCUAGUUAAAGUGUCAUUUCGACUCCGGUUUCACUUGCUGCUUCGUUGAACACAUGCUCAGAGACAAUUACCAACCUUUCCUGCGUCGUUUCCUCGAUUAAAGGUUCUUAUUUUGCAACCUUGUGUCCCUUAUUCUCUAUUACUAGAUAGUUACUUGGCUUGGUUAAACAGAGAUUACCGCUUUAACCUGCUCUCGGGCGCCCUUGCGCGGCGAUGGAGCGCCGUGCCCCAGCCCUGCUGACUAUACUGCAUCCAAGCUGGAGCUAAAAGCAGCUGGUGCUUGGCGUCGUCGCCAGGAUGGCAGACGACGACCCGGGACCAAGGCGUCCCGGGCCGGCUCAAAAGUAUAGCUGGUCGACGAUCCUGCGAAAGGGGUCAAAUAACCAGAAUGACGUUGGUGCUGGUGGUAACGCCGCGGAGGCUGCAGAAACCCCCAAAGCGCUGGGCCCCAUCAACCCUCAGUCGGGUCGUCCAACAUCAUUGGGGAGAGGCAGCUUUCGCGGCGGCGUGACGCGAACCUCGAGCAAUGUUGGCCUGGGCCUUGCAGCUGCCGCUGGCAACCCUGGAAACGGCUUGGUCAGCACUGUCCCUCAUCCCCCACCUAGCGGACCUCUGGCGGCGCGCUCUCACAGCGUCGUUCAUGCGGGCCUGCUGGCCCCGGGCCAGGGGAACGGCACCACAGCGGACGUUGUUACGGCGGUGAAGGAUUUGCAGCUUCGCAAGCGCAGCAUUUUCUUCCAGCAAGCAGCAAGCCAGGCGGGACCGAGCCUUGGGGCGCGCACAGGCAGUUUGUCGACGUACUUCUUUGCCCCGAAUCCAACACCGGGCAAGGGUGUCUGUUUCUCACCCGACGGAACUUUCGUGAUGCGGUGGGGUUACGGCACGGAUGUCAAACUACUUUCAGCGGACGAUGGCACGCUCAUGCAGACAAUGGUAACGCCGACGUCUGGGGCUGUGCGUUACGCUACGUUUAGCAACGACGGUAGCAAAGUGGCUGUUGCCACGGAGGAUUGCAAGGUGUAUGUCUGGGUGCUUGCCAACAGGCACCUGCUGUGCACCUUGGAUGUGGGUGCGGAGCCCCUGGCGCACGUGGUGUUCAGCCACGACAGCAAACACCUGCUGUCAUGCGACGACGAGGGGCAGCUGGAGCUGUGGAGCAUUGGCCAAGCAACAGGGCACAUGGUCCGCCGUUACGAGACGGGUCACAUCAGCAAACGCUGUGGCUUCAGCUCGGAUGGCGAGUCCGUCCUGUCGUGUGCCGGCGACGACUGUGGGCUUAUGCUGUUGAGCACUCGGACAGGCAUCGUGCAGCUGACGCAGCAGUUUGAGGAGAUAUCCGAAUCGCGCAAUCGGGCUACCUACGUGAUCAGUCCCGACGGCACUAAGGUGCUUUUGUUCAUCUUGGAGCAGGUCUACGGCAUUAACCUGGUGCUUUAUGACACGUCUACCGACACGCACAUUGCUCUUCAGGUUUGUGACGGUGCCGUGACCCACGCCGACUUCAGCAAUGACUCGUCGUUCUUCAUCACCGCGGGCCGCGAUGACCUCAUACACGUGUGGGAGAGCGACACAGGCAUGCUGCGGACCACGCUGGUGGGCCACGCCAGCGACGUCAUGUUCUGCAAGAUCAGCGAGGAGGGUGAUGUGGCCGUCAGCGGCGACAGCGAGGGUACCGUACUGGUCUGGUCGCUCUCGGACGGUGCCUGCGUCAUGCGUCUGCAAGCGCACUCCAGCCCCAUUGCUUACGUGGACAUCAACGCUGACGGCACGCGCGCUGUGACGGUGGACACGGAAGGGCAUGCGCUGCUGUGGUUCCUCGAUGCGGCCCGGGUUUUCGAGGUCAUGCGCCAGCACUCGGACCUGGUGUCGUGCGUGGUGCCCACACCUGACGGCAACAGCCUUAUCGUGGGGUACAAGGACGGCGCGUUAAGGAGCUGGAACCUUUGCGACGGGCCGGGGUUUGCAGCCACGGUCACCUGGACGCACUCAAAGCAGGCCUGCCCUGUGGAGCAGCUAGCGAUGCGGCCGGACGGCGCGCAUGUGGCUUCGGCUGGGCGCGACGGAGCCGUCGUGAUCACAGACGUGGCGCGCGGGCAGGUUGUUUCGAUCUUGUGCGGCCACAACGACUUCGUGACGGGGCUGCUGUACAGCGAUCGGAGCGACGUGCUUGUGACCGCCAGCCGCGUGGGGGAGGUCUCUGUUUGGAGCGCCAAGCCGUACGGUACGGAGCCGCUGAAGACGAUGGAGGUUCCGGAGCGGUUGGAGGUUGCGUCCCUGGCCAUCAGCCCCAACCAGGCCUUCCUGGCGGCGGCGACAGCGGGCGGAUCGGUCCACGUGUGGAGCCUCAGCACGUUUGUGAUGCAGGCUGACCUCAAGGUGACGGACCUCCCCGCGACGCGCCUCACGUUCAAUCUGGACGCAUCGGUGCUGGCCGUGGGCUCGGCGGAUGGUAGCGUGACGCUUGUCGACCCGCUGACGGGAACGCGGGCUGCCAGCUACAAGGGCAACGCCUCUGGCAUUACAGACGUGUCAUUCAUGAUGAGGCCGCAAGAGCACAUCUUGCUCAGCCUGUGCGGACGGCAAGCCAUCCUCUGGAACUGCAGCCAAAGCUCCCAGGCCCACACCACGGACUUCAUCGCUGACAGCACUCGCAUUUUUGCAAGUGAAUCCAUCGGCGUACUGCCCAACCGUACUUGCGUCGCCCACGACGCUGUCGUACUGUAUGAUCCAAUCAACCACGCUGCCAUGUACGACAUGCUUCCCCGGCCUCCCGAGCAGCACCCCGGGAACAGCUACCUCUUCCGUCAAGGAACCACGCUGACGUCACUCUAUCGGCACGGCUCCAGCCUGUCUCCCAUUGGCUCUGGUGGCUACCCCAUGGUGCUGUUUUGCGCGCCCGAUACCACGGUUCACAUGCUCGGCGAUGAGACGAGCGGGACGCGGUGCCUUGACUUCUCGUCGGAUGGGCGCUUGCUGGUGAGCGGCACCCUCCGCGGCGAGCUGAUUGUGUGGGACGUGGUGCACCAGCAGCAGAUGCACAAGUGGGUGGCGCACAAGCGGUACACCAUCACAUGCGUGCGCUUCACGCACGAUGCCACUGCCGUGUACAGCUGCGGGGAGGACUGCAAGGUGAUCAUGUGGGAUUGGCGGCGGCAGGCCAAGCUAGCGACGCUCAUCGGCCACCAAGCCCCCGUCGCGGCGGUGGAAAUGAGCGUGGACGGCAACCAGAUGGCAAGCGGCGACCGCGACGGCUUCAUCUUCAUUUGGGACACCGUCACGCACACACCCAAGCAGGUCAUUCCCGCCCAUGACGGCGCAGUCAUGUGCUGCAGCUUGAGCCCCUGCGGCACCAUGGUGGCCUCCACGGGCGCCGAUGAACACAUUGUCAUACUGGACGUGCAAACCGGGUCACAGUUGGCGACGCUUGAUGACGCCAUGGAUGGCAAGGGUAUGACGAUCAAGUUCAGCUUUGACGGCACGAGGCUGCUGGUUGGGGGCGAAAAGGGUGCCGUACUCAUCUGGGACGUUGCUCGCAAUUGCCUCCUGUACGACAUCCCGGCCCACGACGGCAAGGUCUUUGACUGCGGCUGGUCGGGCGACUCUCGCCGACUGCUUUCCGUCGGCUCCGACGGCAAAGCGCGACUGUGGGACGCGGCUGCCGGCAGCGAGCUGUGCCAGGCCAACUUCGAACGCGUCAUGGGCGCCGUGGAGUCUGGCGGCUUCGUGCACUGCGACCUCUCCGCCACGGGGAACCGCAUGGCGGGCUGCACUGCUAAGGGGCAGCUCAUAGACUGGGACGUGGGCGCCGAGCUGCGUUGCGUGCCCGAGGGCUCCAUGCUCUACCAGCGGCUCAGCGCCCUAAGCCUGGGUCGCUCUCGGGAGGUGUACGCUCGCCUACUUCGGCAGUACCCGCUGCUGCCCAACACACAGGACUCGCGAGGCUGGACCAUCCUCAUGCAUGCGGUCGCCAACUCCAAUCCCGAAAUCACAAAGCUCAUUAUCGGCAGCGUACCCGCCGCCUCAGCCAAGUUGGGCCUUACCGCGUCUGCCGUACAAAACACCAUCCUCUCCUCCAUCCGACACGUGCCGCGCAUCCACAUGAUGAGCAGCAUGUCCGCGCCCAAGGGAUCUGGGGUCUGGAACGAGCCGGGCAGCAAGCGUGUAAGCAUGACUGCUGCGGAGGGCGCGGCGAAUGCCAACUCUGUGACGAAACUCAACGUCAAUGCCUCUGCCACCAGCGUGAAAAAGUCUCCGCUGGGGCGUCCGAAGGACCCCGCUGGGGACGAUGACGACGGCGAUGACGAUGACGAUGAUGACUCGGACGAACACGACCGGGUUCCGCGUGUUGUGCCGGCUUCCACGGCAGGCUCCCGCGCUGCGUCAGCAGCAGCGUCGCGUGCUGUCACGCCGGCGUCUGAGCGGCAGGUGACAUCGCCCACGGGCGCUGGAGCGUUCAUCCUUGGUCGUGUAGGCACAUUCCUGCGCAACGGUGCGGAGAUGCUGGCGCCAGGGAGGGACCGGCGUUCUUCCGCCUCGGGUGACGGCAUUGGCGGCGCUGUGUUGACCAGCGGGCCCUCUGCGCCCAAGGCACCGGAAGCCGCCGCCGGCGGCGGGGAUUCUGGUUCACAGCUUCGCAGCCCGCCUCGAGCGGCGGGAUCUUCGGGUUUGUUGUUUUCUGCUUUUGCAGGACCGGGGCAGAUCACCAGCGGACCCGCGGGCCCCAUUGCCGAGGCAACCACCGCCCCGACAACUGGCCUUGGCAGCACGGCUGGGGCCACUGCGUCAUCCCCAUUGAUUCCCAGCCGGUUCAGUCCUAACAGCUCACCUGCCACUCGGGGCUCCAUCCUGAAGAGCGGCCCCAACCGCACCGGCGGCAGCAUCACAUCUAGUCCCUCCAGCAGCAGCGCCACCGCAGCAGCGGACUCCUCCGGCUUUGCCGGCAGCCCUCGCAGUGCUGGUGGAGCUGCAGCCAACGGCGGCGGCAGCGCGCAUGGCGGCGUGGCGUACGGCGGCAUCACGGUUGCGGGCAACAAGCGCUCGUUGCUGGGUUCGGUGCUAGAAGCGGAGCGUGAUCGCGACAUGAGCGCGCGAAGUCGCCGGCGGAGCUUCAUGUUUGGCAACGUCACGCAUGCGCUGGUGGCGGCGAAUGUGAGCAGCAGCGGGCCCGGGGGGUCUGGCAACAUUUCCACGUCACCGCUGGGCCGCAGCAUACGGCAUGCGGUGCACAUGUUCGCGCGGGUCGGCAGUCGAGGGAACCAACCGGCGGCGAGUAGAGACUUGGAGGAGGGUGUGACGCUGGAUGACGGGCUUGAGCGCCACGUCAGCGACUUGAGCCGCAACGGGCAGGAGGAGGACCACGUGGACCCGGGCAAGGGGCCUCACAUGGCAACACCCGGCGGGCCCAAGGACAACGGCAACCUGGGGUCGCCGUCGGGUGCCGGCAGCCGCGGCAGUGGGAAGGUUUGGCCGGAGCCUCAGACGCCGGACCGAGCGGAGCCCAACGCCGUCAAGAUUGCGCUGGAUGCGGGCGCAGCGGACUGCGUGCAGCACGUAUUGGAUGCGGUGCUGGCGCAGAAAGUGACCCCUGGGUCAUACCACGCCAUCACUGCCGCCAUCCCGGCUGUCGCCCAGCAGUACCCCACCAUGUGCCAGGUCUUUCUUUCGGGUCUGCCCUUGCGGCCUCUGGGGGAGAUGGAGGUGCCCUCGUCAGUCGCCGCUCGCGGCAUGAUUGUCACCUCGGCUCCCUCGUACACAUCGUACAAGGAGAUGUGGAUGAACGAGCUGCAGCUGCAAGGGGCGACCAAGGGCCCUAUGGCGCUCAUGGAGGCAUGCAUGGUGCGGCUGCCGUUCGCUGCCAACAGCGGCAAGACGUCGGUGCUGCACACAUUGGUGGAGAGCAGCGUGCCUGUGCAGACGUUUGGGAGCGACACGGUCAAGGCUAUCGUGGAUUACAAGUGGCGCAACUUUGCACAGCGGCGCAUCUACAUCAAGGCGCUCGUGUACCUGCUGUACACCAUACUCUUCACCGUCUUCGCGGUGCUGUUCGCGGACCAUGACAGCACGGCAGGCAUACGGCAGCUGUACGACACCCACCGAGGCGUCGCCAUCGUCAUCUUUUCCGUCGUACUCUUCAUCUACGGCAUCUACUUCCUCGUCCUGGAGUGUGUGCAGCUCGCGGCCUUGGGCGCUGCCGCCUACUUUGAUUCCUUUUGGAACAUUGUCGACAUUGCGGCCUACGUCACGACGCUCAUCGUCUGCCCCUGCACCGUACUGCGGUACGGGCUUGGCGAAGGGCAGUUUGUUGCGGUCAUGGUUGCCGCGGAAGUGAUCAUGCUGUGGAUCAAGGUGCUGUUCUUUGGCCUGGCCAUUGACGGCGUCGGGACGUUCAUCUUCAUGACAGCUGAGAUCAUCAAGGGGCUAAAGUACUUCAUCGGCUUGCUCGCCACGUUGUACAUCAGCUUUGCGGUGGCCUUCAUGGUGCUGUUCAGGAACUCGCCCUCGACCAACGAUGAUGGCAGUACGGGCAUGGGGGGCUUGUACGGCAGCUUUGGCAACGCACUCCUCAACGUCUACCUCAUCAUGUUCCAAAUUGGAGACCCUCACGACUCUGCGGAUUCCGAGUAUGGCCACUUUGCGAUCCUGCUCUUCUGCACCUACAUGUUUGCGCUGCUGGUGGUGCUGCUCAACAUGUUGAUCACCCUCAUGGCCGAUAUCUACCAGAAAGUCAAGGGCGUCCAGCACUUUGUCUUUUUGAAAGGCCGUGCGGAGCUCAUCAUCGACGUGGAGAGCACCACCGGUGUGGGCCUCACGAACGCCGAGAACCACCCCUACCUGCACCUCCUCAUGCCGCUGCGGAAGGACGCAGCGGGGUCGGGUGACUCUGAUGGCGACAUGACGAACGGCGGCUCUUCAGAGUCUCAGCGCGUGACUGCAGGCAUACCACGGCUAGGGGCGGGCGCUGCUAACGGCGUCAACGUGUCCUCUCCCACUGGCGGCGCCGGCGGCUCGGUCUCACGUGCCGUCAGCCUCACAGGCGGCUUGAGCCCGGGCCGCGGCGGCUUGGCGGAUGUCAACUCGGGCAGUGCUAGCGACGACGAUGAUGGCCGCAGCGUCGCGGGCGGGCGCGGCGGGAUGCUGAGUCGCAUGGCGUCCUUCAAGUCCAUGCGAAGCAUGGGCUUAGGCGCCAACACCGGCGGUCCGAUGGGCGGAGGCACGGGCAUGCGGCGUCCGACUGAGGCCUACAAUGCCUUUGGCGGCAUGACCAUGAUGCGACGGGCGGGCGCGACGGCCACUGGUGCAGCAGGCGGCGGGGGAGGCGGAGGGGGAGGUAGCGGAGGCAUUGAUGCGGACCGCUUGGAACGGCUGGAGCGGGUGGUGAACCGCCUUGCCUCCAACGUGGACGCAAUCAUGGCGCACAUGCGUGUACGACGUACGUCGAAUUCGGGUGGCGCAGCCCUCAUGGCAGCUGACGUGGCGGCCAUGGGUGCGCCCUUGGGCCGGCGCACUGGCUUUGGCGGAGUUGGCGGAGGCGGAGGCGGCGGGGGUCUUCGCUACACCGCUACGGGCAUCGGAUCUGUGAGCAUGCACGUUCGGGCUGGUGCUGCUGGCGGCGGGUUUGGUGGCGUCAGAGGAGGAAGUGGCGAGCCGGCUGGUUUCGGGAUGCCGGCCGGCAUGACGAGUCGAGGCCCCAGUCGCCCGACGAGUGCGACGGUGGCCAGCGCGCCGCCGUCGCCGCCGACGGCUGUGAUGCUGGGCAUUGUCGCAGCGUCCGGGCUGCCGGCAACCGCAGCGACGUCCUCGUCACUGACUGCACAUUCGAGCGGCUCGGCCUCACACGGUCACUCCCACGCUCACCUGCACGCCACCUUUGCCGAUGACCACAAAACCACGUCCGUGCGUCAGGCGAGUUGCGAUUUUGAGGGGGCGGGGGGCCAGCGGGGACAAGCCAACGGCGGCAGCGCUGGCGGUUCCAGUGGCAGUGCCGGCAGCAGCGCCGGCGGUGCACCUAGCCUUGUUGCCACAGUCGGUGUGCGUGCCUGCUCUCCCAUCUCGCCUGCCAUGACCUCAGGUGGCCACACAACCUCCAGUAGUAGCGACGCCGAAAACAUCACGAUAGGCGGCGGAACCGGAAUCGCAGCCGGUCACUCUCCCACUGGCAGCGGCGGCGGUAGCGGCGGCGGCGGCGGCAUGAUCUCUGCUGCUGCUAUCGGCAUGCAGCGGCGCGGCUUUGGAUCCGACAUUGUCAUGACGCCAACCAUUCUUGAGGGCGACGAGAGGACUGAGGUAGAGCCGGUGGCUGUCACCUCGGUAGCCGCAGCACGAACGACCUCGCCCGCGAGUCGUUCAGUUGACGUACCCAGCCUUGGGAGCGGCGGCACGUCGGCGCUUCUGCCUCGGAACUUGGAAGUCCUGGGAAGCAGCGGCGCCGUGCGUUCUAGAGCUAGCAACAGCGGCAGCGUGCGCCACAGUGCUGGCGGGGAACCGCAGUCCUGUCGUAGCUUUGCAAGCGCCGGAAGCGGUGUCAGCACAGGCGGCGUGGCGGCGGCGGCGCGGUUGGUUCUGGACCCUGAGGAACCCCCCGUGUGGGGCGGCUCAGGACCAGGUCGGCCUGCGGGUAGCAGCAGCGGCACGGAAGCUCCCAGGAUACGGACGCCGGGGGAGGUGGAGCCGGGCAACUAGGAGCGGCGCGUGCCUGCGCGGGGCGGAUUUACUGACGGACAGGUUUAGUGACAGCUUCCGAUGUUUUUGCGGUUGGGCUGUGGGGGGGACAUAUAUAC